UAGAAGACGUCUGUUGCUUGUCAGUGUCACACAAGUCCAGUCCAGCAGAGUCCUUCAUGUCUCCGGUCCUCCUUUAAGGUACUGUUUUUGUCUUCCUUUGGACCUCGUUUGGUUUCGGUUCUGGUUCCGGUAGCGCACAAAAGAAAGAGGCGGAAUCACGGUGAUUUCAGGAGAUUCCGAACCUUUCAAAGACUUUGGACUGUGUGGACUUCUGCUACCCCCCCCCCAAGACAGACGGACCAAGAAAAGUGGGACCAAGGAGGUUCUCGUGUGACGUUCGAGGUCGCUCUGACAUCACACCUGGCCGACGUCACUCUGACCCCGCCCCCCACAACCCUCAUCCCCUCCCACCACGCAACAUGGCGCUGUCGUCACGCUUAAAACUGUGGGAGCAGAAGAUCAAAGAGGAGAAUCAGCCGGUGGUCACUCCCGUCCCGCCGCAGCCGCUCUCCACGCUGCCCGGAGGAUUCCUGAAACAGCUGGUCCGAGAUUCCGAAAAGGAGACCAAACAGAAAGAGCCAGAAGUCAAAGAGGAGAAGAUACAGCCCCGCAAGCUGAGCGACGACCUGGUGCAGCAGUUCCUGCUCCCGGAUCAGACUCCGCCCAUCCUGGAGGCCGAGAUGUUACUGCGGGCCGAGCACGCGGUCACCAACGGCCACGCCCCUCCGCUCUCGUCGCACUUGUCCCCGGCCCACAGACAUGCCCAGAGGAACGCGGAAGGCCGGCAGGAAGUCGCGCCGGCGCUGCCGAAGAAGACUGCGGAUGCAGGCGAGAGGGCGGAGCCAAAGAGGGAGAGGUCGGAGGAAGCGGAGCAGGAGAAGAAAAGCAGAAAGGUGAAGCAGGAAGUGAAACAGCAAAUGAGAAACAAGGUGAAGCAGGAAGUGAAACAGGAAGUUCAAGAGGAAGUGAAGAAAGAGCGUCAGGAGCCGGAAGGAAAACCAGCGGACGUCGCCGUGACCGAAGUACGCGUCCAAAGUCCGACGCUCUCAACGGACCAGAGCAGCGAGGAGUCUUCGGCGCCGGUGCAGGACGUUUGGUACGAGUCCGGGGUUGUUUGGUACGUGCACAAGGACGGCUUCACGCUCGCCACUCAGCUGAAGCCGGACGAAGGAACGCCAGAACUCCCGCCGGGGCGAGCCAGAGUCCGCCUCCACGCGGACGGCUCGCUGCUGGACGUCAGCGAAGACGAAAUCGAGCAGUGUAACCCCGCCCACCUGGACCUGUGCGACGACCUGAGUGACCUCCAGAGUGUCAACGAAAGCGGCGUCCUGCACACGCUGAUCAGCCGCGCCAAAGCCAGCAUGCCGCUGACGCACGCCGGGCCCAACCUGGUCAACCUGUGGCCGCCCUUGCAGGCGCACAGCAAGACGCCGAGGUCGCGUCGGGGGGAGUCCGCGUGGGAGGCUCCUCCCGCUUUGACCCGGAUGGUCAAACAGGUCUACGUGUCCGUGGUCGGAACCAGGCGGGACCACUGUGUGUGCGCCGUGGGUCGCAGCGGGACCGGAAAGACCACCACGUGCCAAGCCUUCACCCUCGCCAUGCUCGCACAAGCCGGGACCGCCGGACCCAACAUGAGCGCGGAGCGUGUCCAGGCCAUGUUCAGCGUGUUGAGGGCGUUCGGCUGCGUCACCUCGCCACACACUGACUCCUCCUCUCGCUUCGCCAUGAUGUUCUCCCUGGACUUCAACCACGCAGGACGCGCGGCCGCCGGACACCUUCAGACGAUGAUGCUGGAUAAAUGGCGAGUAUGUCACAUGACCGGCGGCGAGAGUAACUUCCUGGUGUUCUCCCAGAUGCUAGCGGGCCUCAGCGUGGACUUGAGGACGGAGCUGCAGCUGCAUCACCUUGCAGAAUUCCACUCCUUUGGGAUGACUCCUCCCACCAAGGUGGAGGAGAAGCAGCGAGCGUCCGUGGGUUUCACCAAGCUGCUGGUCGCCAUGGAAACGCUGGGCUUCACCGCCACUGAGCAGAAGGCCAUCUGGCACGUCCUCGCCGCCAUCUACCACCUGGGGGCGGCGGGGGCUUGCAAAGUGGGGCGGAGACAGUUCGUGAACUUCGAGAGCGCCCAGGCGGCCGGCGGCGUGUUGGGCUGCGAGGGGGAGGAGCUUAACACCGCCGUCUUCAAACAUCACCUGCGGCAGUUGCUGCAAAAAGCCACCGGGUGCAGCAGAGAGCGCGGCACUGCCGGCGAGUCCGAGGAAGGCCCUCGGAUGACGGCGGCUCAGUGCGUAGACGGGAUGGCGGCCGGCCUCUACGAAGAACUCUUCGGCACCAUCGUCUCCCUUAUUAACAGAGCUCUGAGCGGCCAGCAGUUGGCGCUCGCCUCGGUGACGGUGGUGGACACGCCCGGCCUGAGGAACCCUCGCCACGCGUCGGAGGAGCGAGCGGCCAACUGGAGCGAGUUUUGUCACAACUACCUGCAGGAGCGCCUUCUGGAACAUCACCACACACACACCUUCACACACACCUUGGAGCGCUACACACAGGAGAAAGUACCGGUGGCGUUCGAGUGUCCCGAGAUGGACCCCGCUGACGUGGUGGCCGCCAUCGACCAGCCGCCUCCGCAGGUGCGGGCGGCAGAAAGCGCCCUCAGGGGUCUUUUGUGGGUCCUGGACGAGGAGAUGACAACGCCGGCAUCCAACGAGGGCGCUGCCGUGGAGCGCGUGUGCCAGUACUACAAUCAGACAGUGCGUCAGUGCGAGCAGCCGCUGCAGUUGGAGGUGGGACACCUGGCGGGCUGCGACCCGGUACGCUACGAUCUGACGGGAUGGUUCUCGCUGGUCCAGAACAAUCAGUCUGCUCUCAACGCCGUCGGACUUCUCCAGAACUCGUCCGUGGCGUCAGUGAAGGCGACGUUCUCGCCCGCCGUGGACGUGCCGCCGCUGUGCCGCGGCCUGAGCGGGCUGGAAGGCGCCAGUCAGCGCUCGCUGCAGAGGAGCGCCACCAUCAGGAAGACACUCAGCGGGGGGGCGGCGGCUUUACGCAGGCACUCGCCGUGCAUCGCCAUCAAACUGCAGGCCGACGCCCUGGUCAACGUGAUCCGGCGCGCUCGGCCCGUCUUCUUGCAGUGCAUCAGCGCCAAGAUGGACGCCGGCGGCGCGCCCAACGUGGCGACGCUGCGAGCGCAGCUUCUGUCGGCGCAGACGCUGUCGGCACUGCAGCUCUACCGCACAGGCUACCCUGAUCACAUGACCCUCAGCGACUUCAGGCGUCACUUCCAGGCUUUGUCCCCGCCCAUCAUGAAGCGCUACGCCUCCAUGUUUGUCCGCCAUGAUGAGAGGAAGGCCGUGGACGAGCUUCUGGCCGACCUGGACCUGGACCCCAAGAGCGUCGUGAUCGGCGCCGGUCGGGUGUUCAUGAGGCGCGGCGUGCUCCGACACCUGGAGAGUCAACGCGACCUGCAGGUCAGCGGCUGGCUGGUCCACCUGCAGGCCGCCUGCGUGGGACACCUGGCCCGCCAGAAGUACCGCACGCUCAAGGUGCGGCACAUGGCCGUGCGCUGUCUUCAGAGGAACCUCCGGGUGUUGCAUUUAGCGGCGGAAUGGCACUGGUGGAAGCUUUUCUGCCGCGUGCGCCCCCUGCUGGACGUCAACAUGGACAACGAGAGGCUGCGCACCAAAGAGGAUGAAGUGUCGGGGCUCAAACGGCGUCUGGACAAGUCGGAGAAGGAAAGGAACGAGUUGAGACAGACGGUGGACGCCUGCAACACCAAACUGACGGCGGUGACCUCGGAGCUGAGCGACGAGCGUUUCCGUGGCGACGCGGUGGGUCAGGCUCUCGACGUGGAGCGAGCGGAGAGACUCCGGCUGAGCAAGGAGAACAAGGGGCUGCAGGCGCGCCUGGACCAGUGCAAGGUUGCCAUGGAGACGCUGGAGAAACAGCUGGAGGAGGAGCGGAGGAAGUAUCGCAACUUGGAGAGCCAACGAGCGGCGGGGACAGAGAGCGAGCUGGCCAUGCAGCUGGAAUGUUGCCAGACGGAGGUGGAGUUUGUCCGCCGACGGUUGAAGCAGACGGAGGAGAAGGUGGAGGCGGAGCGUGAGACGCGCCAGCAGCUGGACAACAAAGUGGCGACGCUGCAGGCCCAGCUGGACCAGUCCAAGAAGAGCGUGAUCGAACUCAAGCGACACUGCCGGCGCAUGACCUCCGACCUCCAGGACGCGCGAGUCCUCAACGACAGCCUGCAGAACCGAACGCACGAACUGGACCGCAAGCAGAGACGCUUCGACAGCAAGCUGACGCAGGCGCUGGAGGAAGCCGACGGCGAGCGAGAGCUGAAGGACAAAGCCGUGCAAGAGAACGCCGCACUGGGGGCGGAGCUAAUCACGCUGCGCCGCCACCUGCAGGAGAGCCAGGCGGAGGGAGGUCGCUUACAGAAGCAGAAGGACGAGUUGUGCGCUCAGAUCCGGGACCUCAGCGUUCCCGUGAAUCUGGCCAGGGACUCCCUCCCUGACCUGAAGAGACAGCUCCGCCUCCUGGAGGGCGUGGCCGGCGAGCGGGCCGACGAGGUGUCCCAGCUGACCGCCAGAGUCCAACAGCAGCAACAGGUGCAGGUGCGCCUGGAGCUGGAGUUGGAGCGCAUGAAGCAGAUCCACCAGAAGGAGCUGGAGGACAAAGACGAGGAGCUGGAGGACGUACACAAGUCUUCUCAGAGGAGGCUGCGGCAGCUGGAGAUGCAGCUGGAGCAGGAAUACGAGGAGAAGCAGAUGGUGAUCCACGACAAGCAUGACCUGGAGGGACUCGUGGCCACACUGUGUGAGCAGGUGGGCCACCGAGACUUCGACGUGGAGAAAAAGCUGAGGCGGGACUUGAAGAGGACGCACGCGCUCCUGGCCGACGCCCAGCUGCUGCUGGCCACACUUCAAAGUGAUGGGCGGGGCCCCGCGGACGCCGACAAGGACCAGCUGGAACGUCUUCACUGGCAGCUGGAGGACAGCGAGACACAGCGGCGUGAGGCGGAGAGCGCCCUGACCACCUUGACGCAGCAGCUGGAGGACACGCAGAUGGAAGUGGACAACAUGUGCAAGCAGAAGAGUCUGUUGGACGAGCAGCUGUCCCUCCUCCAGCAUGAGAAGGUGGACCUGCUGAAGCGCUUGGAGGAGGACCAGGAGGACCUGGAGGAGCUCAUGAGGAAGCACAAAGCGCUGAUUCAGCAGUCGUCCAAUGACAUCUGUCGCAUCAAAGAACUGGAGGCGGAGCUUGAGGAGGUCAAGAAGGAGAGACACGCCCUCCGGGAAGAGCUCCAGCAGCAAGCGUCCAGGUUGCAGUUCCUGGAGUCGUCCACCGUGGGGCGGAGCAUCGUCAGCAAACAGGAAGCGCGCGUGUGUGACCUCGAAAACAAACUGGAGUUCCAAAGAGGACAGGUCAAGAGGUUUGAGGUCCUGGUGCUGCGUUUGCGGGACAGCGUGGUGCGUCUCGGCGAGGAGCUGGAGCAGAGCGCGCAGGCGGAGGCUCGGGAGCGUGAGAACGCUCGCUACUUCCAGCAGCGUCUGCAGGACGUCCGCGUGGAGAUGGACGAGCUGAGUCAGCGCGAGCAGGACAGCAGCCGGCGCCGCAUGGAGCUGCAAAUGCAGGUGGAGGAGCUGACGGCCAUCAGGCAGACAUUACAAGCCGACUUGGAAACUUCCAUCCGACGCAUCGUUGAUCUGCAGGCCGCCUUGGAAGAGGUGGAGUCCAGCGAUGACAGCGACACUGAGAGCGUCCGUGCGGCCGCGACGUCGUCCUCGACAAAGAAAGAUCCAGACUCUGCGUCCAGCCUCGGCACGGAAGACGUCGGCGAGGGCGUACGUGGAGUUUCUCGAGGAAGCUCUCGUGGCAAAGGAUCUCCUUACGGCAGCAGUACCUUUAGCGGCCAGGAGGGGCGCCAGUCGGCAGCGGACACCAGCAGCACGUACAGCGUCCGCUCCUGCACGGAUGAAGAUAACGCGGAGUCGGGGAGCUCUCGGGGUUUGGGACGGGCGCCGUCCUCCUCGGCACUGUCGGAGCUUCUGGAAGGACUGCGAAAGCGACGAGCGGGCAGCGAAGCGGAGGCGGGCAGCGCCAUGUCACUUCCUGUUUACCAAACAACGGCAGCUUCCGCGCUGCGCCGUCGAGCAUCGGCGCUCUCUCUGGCGCCAGACGACCUCCCGGAAAUUCGACCCAGCAUCCUCAAGCCGCCCUCGCCGCUUCUUCCUCGUGCCGCUGGCGACUCGCCGACGACGACGCCUCGCUUCAACUCCUGCGACUUCUCGACGUCCCUCCCCUCGCUGCCACGCCUCUCGUCCUUGGCGUCCUCGCACGUCGUCCACGAGCGCCCCCCCUCCCUGUCCAUCCCGGAGGAGGACUACACGCAAGACCCCUCGCGCUCCGUCGCGACGCCACGGCGCUCCCCGCAGGCGGCUCGCCGCUGUGCACUACCUAACCUGGUCUCCGAGGACGCGGGCGAAGGACACCUGGGCUCGGAGCCCGUUGUCUUCCAGAACCGCCGCCUGGUCGCAGAGUGGGACGACACGUCCGACAUCCUUCCCGCCGUCCGCAGAUCUCAAUCCGCCAGCAGCCUGGCCGGCUCCGUGCGGGGGGGCAGGAGAGCGCUGAGCGUCCAUUUUGGAGAGCUCCCUCCCUCCACCCGCCAACGCAGCUCUGAAACCGAGUCGUCCAGCUCGGGGGGUUCAGGGAGUUCAGAGGUCACGCGGCCCAGGAGGCGAUUGGAGCGACCGCAAGGGGAACGACUGGAAGCUGAGGGCAGCGAGUGCGGGGACGUGUCCUCCGUCAUGAGGAAGUACCUCAGGAAGGAAGUGGACUGAAGCGGCGCCAGCGUAGUGGUCAUGAAGAAGAUGGAGCGGAGCGCCGUCGUUCGCCAACAAGCAAACUUGUCACGUUGUUUUGGAAUAAAGAAGGAAAAAUACAACUAAACAGAA